UUCUGACAUCACUUCCGCAUUUGAAAAGCCUCAAGUAUCACACAAAAAUAUACCUAUUUGGAAGUUGGAAGUAGAGCAGUGUGUUUUUAUUCUAAUCGAGAGUUUUAAUUAAUGUGAUUUAUUGGACUAACAGUAACAAUGAGUAAGAAGUGCGCAAAGUGCGAGAAGACGGUUUACCCGACAGAGGAGCUCAAAUGCUUAGACAAGUUUUGGCACAAAGCAUGUUUCAAAUGCGAUGUUUGCAACAUGACCCUGAAUAUGAAAAAUUACAAAGGCUACAACAAGAUACCUUACUGCAAUGUUCACUACCCCACCACUUCCUUCACCGCUGUAGCAGACACACCAGAAAAUCAGAGAAUCAAACAGAAUACCAAAGUACAGAGUAAUGUCCAAUAUCACAGCGAAUUUGAGAAACAGAAAGGAGCGUACACACAAGUAGCCGAUACCCCUGACAUGUUACGUCACCAGCAGAACACCAAAAAUAUCAGCCUGAUAGAGUAUCAUCGAAAUUUCGAGGAAUCCAAGUCGCAAUUCACUUGUGUUACAGAUACGCCAGUCAUGAAAACACAACUCACCAAUACCAAAAAUGUCAGCCUGAUUGAGUACCACAGGGAUUUUGAAAAAUCCAAAUCUAAAUAUACCCAAGUUGCUGACAGUCCAGAGAUUCAAAAAUACCUUGAAAACACCAAAAAUAUUAGUUUGGUUCAAUAUCAGAAGGACUUCACAGAGUCCAAAGGCAGUUGUUACCAGGUCCCCGAUACCGUAGAAAUGUUAACGCACCGUCGAAACACGGAGAAUGUCAGUAGGAUUAAAUACCAUGCUGACUUUGAGAAGAUGAAGGGUAAGAAAUUGACAGUGGUGGAUGAUCCAGAAACCAUGCGGAUCAAACAAAACACAGCCAUACAGAGCCAAGUAGAAUACCACAAGGUCAAGGACCAGCUGAACGAAAUGGAAAUACGGCGCCCAGACCGAGAGGCUAGAGAGGGUCCCGCUCGUCCCCAGCCUGGAAAAAUUAGCAAUUAUGAACCUGAGACUAACACAGGAGGUACCCCAUACUCAAUGAGAAACUCCCAAGCCCGUGUUGUUUACGACUCUAACAUCGGCAAAGAUUUGGAAGGUCCAGGUGUUCACGAGGUGGAGGACGUCCCAACACGUCGGGUCGGGUCAAUUUCUGAUUAUGACCCGAUGAACAAUCAGUUUGGAUCCAUUGGCAGAUAUAGUGGAGGAGAUCCUGAACCUCCACGAGGUUACCAGGCCCCACCCCCUCAGAGUUACCAACCCCCUCCCCCACAGCCAGCAAUGCCUCCACCAUCAGAAGGGAUGGUGUGUAAAGCUCUCUACGACUAUACGUCAGCUGACGUAGAUGAAGUGUCGUUCCAGGAGGACGACUUAAUUAUCCAGUGUCAGCCAAUCGACGAGGGCUGGAUGGAGGGUACUGUCAAACGGACCGGACAACGCGGAAUGCUGCCCUCAAACUAUGUGGAGCCAGUCAACUAGGCCAACAACUAUUUAGGAUUCAAUUUAUCAAAGUUAUUAUAAAAGUUAAAUGUUAUUUCUAAAAUAUUAGCUUUUAUGAAGUUACCUCCCUUUUAUCUCUGUACAUACUAGAUAUAUAUCUGUGUAUAUAUAUACAUUAUUGCUGCUUUAGGUUUUAUAUAACACACCUGUUUUAAAGCAGUGUUUCAGUCAGGCUGAGCCCUCAGUCUUCCCUCUAUAUUUAAAAGAAGAAAAAAAUGCAUGAACUCUUCACAGCUUUUAUUUCUUUCGUUUGUUUUCAUUUUUCAUUGUAAGAUUUUGCAAUUCCUGUAGAAUUAUAACGCUUUCUUUUUCUUAAAUGAUAAUUACUGGUACUUUAGCCUUUCUCCUUUGUCUCAUCGCCCAGGCAUUUGUAAAUGAUGUAAACCCAGCCCUUAAAUAAUUGAACUAUCAUGCAAUGAAUCAGUAUUAAAUACAGUACAGACAGAAGCAGUGGUUGAAACAGCCAUACAGGACAGAGUCUAAUCAUGUGACUGAUAUAUGUACAAAGAUAUGACAUGUAGCAUUAUUCUAGGUUAUUAUAUACAGGGAAUUUGCAACUUGGUGCAAUCUAAAUAGGACUUCUUAUCCUUGUUGAAUCCUGGUGACAUUCAUAAAGUAUACAAUUUUAAUUACACUUGUACAUUUUUAUUUCCAAUGACUGACACAAUUUGUGAAUUACUUUGAUUUUCUUUUUGGGCAUGCUCACAUUUAUGCAUAUACAUGUACAUGUAUUCUGUGGAAAUUUAAGCUUUAUUGCUUUGUAAUUUGCUGUUAAAUUAUUCUAAUAAAAAUGCUGCCAAUCAUUGAACAAAUUAAAGAGCCAACAGUAUAAGCUGUACUGUUGGAUUUAGUUACUGGAAUGUUUAUUGUAUACGAUGGUUCAUCUUAUCGCCUUGUAUCGCCAUGUUUUUGCACAUUUUUUAUGUAGCUAGAGUAAUUUUUUGAUAUUUUUAUCCUUGAUCUGUUCUAAAGCCAAAGAAAGUUUUUGAUUUUUAGAUUUUGAAGUUUGUAAAAUUUUUGAAAAUAUUUUGAAAUUUAAAAAAAAAACAUCAGUUUUUCUGUCUGUGUAACUUACUGAUUUUUUUUCAUUUUGACAGAUGCUGUAUUUGGUUUUAUGAGAGUAAAUAAAAAUCUGUUAAUAUGUUAAUAAUACAUAUAGAAUCAGUUGUAAUAAAAUGGCAAGUUAAGUUGUUUGAAGUCACAGACAGUGAAGUAAAACAUUACACAAGUAAUCAGAAAUCACAUUUUUCUGUUCAGGAAAUAGAUUGGCUUGGUUUCAUAAACUACUGAAUAUUGAUUAAAAGAGUUAUGUAGAUAUUUUA